AAAAUAAUACCCUCGUUUUACGAGGCUUUGAAAACCUUUCUUCUAUCAUCUGCUACAUAUACUGUCGGACAGUUAGUGUUGGAAUUUUUUAAAAAAACACCGUAAUAUCUUCAUCGUACAGUUUUGUGAAAGAACAGUAGAUAAUUUACAAGUGCCCUUGACCGUUUUAACAUGGACGGUACUGUUAGUUGCUCUGACAUUCAACAUGGCCACCUGAUAUGUAGCAGACGAUACAGGUGGUAUGAAAAAUUGUAAAUAAAAUUCAGUUUUACCUUUAAUUAUGAGUGGACGUGUGCAGAAAGAGAGUGCCGAUGAUUCCGAUCGUAUUGACGAUGCAGUGGAUCCUAGAGUACAGAUUGAACUUGAAAGAUUGAAUACUGCUACCGAUGAUAUCAACAAGCUUGAGGUUGACUUAGACGAAGCAAGAGCAACUUUUAGGGAAUUACUUUGUGAAUCUACGGUGAAAAUUGAUAGCUUAGCUAAGAAACUUGGCGCAUGCAUUGAAAAAUCUAGGCCAUAUUAUGAUGCCAGAUUUAAAGCGAAAGAAGCUUUACACGAAACACAAAAGGCUGCAAUUAGAUUUGAAAGAGCCAAUAGCCAGCAUGCAGCAGCCAAAGAGAUGGUUUACUUAGCCGAAGAAGGAUUAAGGACAGAGGGAAGAUGUUUUGAUCAUGCUUGGCAGGAGAUGUUAAAUCAUGCAACUGCCAGAGUCAAUGAAUCCGAGCAUGAGAGAGCUUUGUCGGAAGCAGAGCAUAGACACACUACUGCUCUAUAUCAUAAAGCAGAACACGACGUUCAAAGAUUGCAACGUGAACUAAAGCGUGCAAUUGCUAAAUCUAGUAUGGGUGCACGUCGCAGCUUGCUUCUGAUAAACAGUAUCGCCUACAGGCACAACUUGCUCAUGUUGCCAUAUUACGAAAUGAAAGCGCAUUUUAAUCAAAUGCUGGAAGAGCAAAAGUUAAGAGUAAGUGCAUUAGAAAGAUCAGUGGGUGAAGCUAAAAUGACUUACGCCGAAGCGCUGAGAAACUUAGAAAAAAUCAGCGAUGAAAUCCAUAGGACUAGGAAGUAUGAUGGAGCAGAUGAUUUCGAUAAAUCUUCGAGAGAUACCGUUGGCCAACCUUCUCUACAGCCCAAUGCAGGAACUCCAACCGAUUCUAGCGUUACUGGAUCACCCGAUAGUACAGAUUAUACUAGCGACGAAUACUUGCGCCUUCCUGAUAAGAUAAGCCCUAGUACACAAUGUCCUGUGCCUACAAGAAUCGAUAGAGAGCCUUCUUCCGAAUAUUUGGGCCUAAGUAACUUGAAUGUUUCAUCCACAGAGCCGCGGAAAUAUAUCAAACGAGACCGUCCAAAAAGUAUUGCAGCAACUGAUACGAAACAUAUCAUAACACUGAAUCAAACAAGCUCUUCAACCUCACGGUUGUCAGACUUGUCGAAUAUUCUUUCGCCGAUAGAAAAACGAGUGAAAAUACAAACACCAGUGGAUUUAAAAAGCAUUAAUAACACUGUACAAAACGGGGAGGAAUGGACAGAAAUUAGUUUAAAUAAUUCUCCGGACGAAGUAUAUUACAAUAACGAAGUAUACUCGGACGAAGAAGAUCAAAUUCCUUAUAAACCGCUACCAAUGGACUUGACUCCAGAAAGUAACAACCCACCCACCAAUGGUGCAAAUAUUCAGUCGUUCAGUGAAACAGCUAGUCGAAAGAAAUUAGUAACCCAAAAGUCAUUACCUGCUAUGCCGAAAGGAAACGAAGUUAGUCUAAGCAGUGAAAAGAAAACGGAAGUAACAAGGAGUCCGUCAAUGAAAAGUAAAAGCAAACUCGAUACUAGUUUAGCUAAUUGGAUAACCAGAAGUUCAGCUGGCAGUGAAGCUAGUGGAGGUAGUUCAGCAAACUCAAGUAGAAGACAGUCCCUUGAUAUGUUAUGGAGUGCCGGCACAGGAGAACGGGUGAAAGAAUUCCUCAAUCAUGGUAUGAUGAUGUUGAACAUAUCUAGCCUUACGGAACGACGUUUCAAUGAACCAAAGAUAGCAGAGAGAGACAAGGAGAGAUCUGAAAAGUCUGAGAAAGUGGAAGGGAAAGGGAAGAAAGUUCCUAGUCCAUUAGAAAAAACAAUGACCUAUCUUAAUGCGGACGAGGAAACAUCCGAUAGCGAAAGCCUAGCAAGCGUGGAGAUGUUAACGGAGGAUCAGAUUUCUUCGCUUAUGAUGGAACCCGACAUGAAUCAAGUAUGUCAAGAAAUUCUAGGAACGCCUUUAGUCGAGGUGUGUCCGUUAUUGCAACAACUGCAACAACAACAAUAGCACUCCUUUUCUUGACGUUACUAAUUUAAUCGAGUUGGAAAAGACACAACCAUAAAAAAUGUUCAAAAUGGUAAAGAAACGAACUAGCUAAGGGAUAGCUUUAUUUAUCAUUACAUAAAAUUAGCGUGCAAUUUGUUCCUGCACUUUUAUUACGCAUAUAUACAUAUAUAUAUUUAUUAUAUAUUCUAUUAUAUAUAUAUAUAUAUAUAUAUAUAUAUAUAUAUAUAUAUAUAUUAUAUAUAUAUAUAUAAUAGAAACAGAAGAUUUCAUUUUCGGGCAUGGACCUUUUUCUUCCAUUUCAGAAAGUCAUGGCAACUCGAAUCGCUUCAUUACAUUGUUAUAUACACCAGUUACAUUUCACUCGAAUUAUACACAAUUUGUAUAUAUAUGGCGCUCAUAGAAAUUUCAAAUAUCACAUGCCAAUAGUUGAUUUUAAUUAUUGGUACACAUAUAUCGUUAUAUUGAACUUAUUUGCUUAUAUUAAUCAAUAAAAGGAACAAUAUCUAGCAAAUCCUA